GGUUUCCGAAUAUUAAUAAGUUUCAGUUUCACUGAGGCCUGAUUGGUUACUAGUUGGUUGCUAUGGCUAAUGUUGGCCGUUCAUUGGCUGGCCACAACUGCACCCUGUUUCUAUUGAAACUUUCUGAGAAAUGUUGUCAUGAGCUUGUUCCCUUUCCACGAAACGGGCACUAGAAACCGAAAAUAGAACAACUCGAAAGCAUUCAGUUGUCCAUGGAGUAACACAUUUCAUGGUGGUUGGUAGCGUCUUAAUCUCGUCCUGCUUCAAAAAGUAACUUUCGGUAUCUAGUCGGUCUAUUUCCCUUCGAAGCUACGUAAUUUGUGCGGGGAUUCCCCGAAUCUGAUCCCUGUUAUUUAUGCCAACAAGUCUGACUUUGCUUUACGCUUUGUUGUUGAAUUCGACAGGCUUCUUCUAGAAACUUCGAAAUAGGUAAUAGCAUUCUUUCUGUCACAAACGGCAAGCAAUGGCUUCAGAACAUUCAAUUCUAAAGGCAAUAAACCCAGACGACGCUCGAAGAAGCAUUGUUGUGGCGAAUAUGGCUCCAGGGACCAAAGAAGAAGCUAUUUUUAUCCAUUUUCAGCAGCGUAAACAUGGCGGCGGAGAUGUGUCGUCAGUGAGGCUCACACAAGAUGGAGAUAAAGCUGUUAUUACAUUUGAAGAAGCAGAAACUGUAGAAGCAGUUCUGAAUAAAGAACAUAACAUCGGAGGAAUUUUACUUAAAGUUGAUCGAUAUGCAGAGGAGAAAAACCUUGAUGAGGUAUUCUCUCAAGUCACGGCCGUGCUGGAUCCCUUUGAUUUUGAUAUUCAACUCCAAGAGGCUGAGCAGAUUGUGCAGAAGAUUAAAUCGGAGGUUGGUAUAUCGUUUGAAUACAAUGAGAAAUGCUUUGUGAUACAUGGCACAUUGAGCCAGAUCAAUAAGUGUCACGGUAUCGUUAAGAAGUACCUUAUCAAGGAUGAAAGUAUCGCAAAUGGACUGUGCAAGCUUUCCGUAGAGGCUAAAGCACAAAAAAAUAUCGAAGCAUCCGAGAUGGAAGGGGCAGCAGAGGCGAGCUCAGCUGGUGAAACCGCAAUCAUAGCGACACCUUUGGAUGAAAACCCGGAAGGAAAGGUUCUUCCCGAGGUUUGCGAGACUAAAGGGAGAGCACAUCCUUCUGUAAUAUAUUUACAGAUUUUUAACAUGCAACCACUUGCCUUUCGUUUCAUGAGCCAGUUUUUCAACGAACAGGUGCAACAGAUAAGCAGCAAAUUUCUGGUCGAGUUGGCCACUUCAAAUGGUGAUACUCAAGUUACACUAAAGCCAAAACAUGGCUGUGAUUUGACCAGAUACAGCGAGGCUUGCAGCGAGUUUUGCAUGCUGGUUGAGACUGUCUCGCAGGGUAUGGUUACCCGGGAAAUGGACCUGACGGGAUUUAAUAAGGGUUCAGUCGAUGCCUUGAUCCAGUACGUCACAAAUAGGUACCCAGUUAUAGUAGACUUACCUCGAGAAAAUGGCCCCUUUGUUGUGUACGGAGAUGCUGCAUCUGUUCAGCAAGUAACGCUUACAGUAGAAGAAGAAACGCGCGAACAGCCUAGGCACGAUACUGCCAUGUGGCCUGAAGAAAUGGGAACGGUACCAGCUGAAGCCGUUUCCAUAGAAACUUUUUCCCAUCAAACGGAAAAAGGCGUCACAAUCUCCCUUCGUUAUGGUGACAUUACUGGUGAGGUAGUUGAUGCUAUCGUCAAUCCUGCAAAUGCAUUUUUGAGUCACGCAGCUGGUCUUGCAAAGUCGAUUGUUCAAAAGGGUGGAAUUGAAAUACAGAGAGAAUCUGACAAGUUAAUUAAAGAACGCGGCUUUCAAAUUCUACACGUUGGUGACGCAGUUUACACGACUGCUGGCAGUUUACCAUGCAAGUUCGUCAUACACGCAGUUGGUCCAGAAUGGAACAGACAGUCCGAUAAAAAGAGCAUGAAGCUUCUUCAAAAGGCCUGUGUGGAGAGUCUAAAACUUGCAUCGCAGCUUGGUUUAUCAUCUGUUGCUGUACCAGCAGUUAGUUCUGGUAUCUUUCGUGCUCCUAUAGACGCUUGCGCUUUCGCCAUGCUAAACGCGGUGGAACAAUACAUCACAGUGCCAAGUGUGGUGAAGAAAGAAGAUGUGAAGAAAAAAGGUUCAAAAGCGACUGGUCAAAACAAAGCGGAUGGAAAGAAAACUGAGGACAAAAAAGAGCAGAGAAAGGACAGUGAAGCUCCAACCAAAACUUCUGAAGGUGGAAAGGAUCCUGUAAAGCCGGAAAGUCUAAAAGACAUUCGCUUUGUCCUCAUUGAUGCUGAUUCCAUGGAUGUCUUCGAGAGAGAGUUUGCCAAAAGGUUUGGUAGCGGUGACAAAGCCAUCAGCGAUGAUGACGAUAGUGAUGAAGUUUAAUGUAAAGAAACAUUUUGUCAAACAAAACGCUUGAGAUACAUAUAUUCAUUGUGUGAUAUUAGGAAACAGUUGCAAGCGGGUUUUUUUUUCCUGUCCUAGUUCUUUCUGUUUUCAAUUCUAGUCCCGUGCGACGUUGGACCAGCAUGGCUGGAAACACAUAACUUCAUUAAGAGUAUAAGGAUGUUUUCUGUGUUUGCAGGCUUUAUAAUUGAACAGCGUAAAUCGCAAAAUUACAGUAGAAUUAAUCAACAGAACGUUUGAACAGUAGAAUUUGCAACUUAGUUUUGGACAGUUUUACUUUGCUCUACUUUUUGAUGGUAGUCAUGGAGACGGCUGUUGGGUCAAUCAGAUUGCAAGUUGUCCACAGCCAUACACUGUGUUAUUCUAAUUAACCGCCAUUAUAGACCUACUUACCGACACGGCGGACAUAUUGAAUAAAUUAAUUUACUCGCAUAUUACUCGGCAUAUAAAUGUGACAUUUGCGUUUUUAGAACAUAACAUUUCUACAAGAAUCAAUCAGCCCAUAGGCCCUCGGGUGAACACUCUAUCCUUAUAUGUAUUCGAGAGCAAAUAAUCUAAUUCAUUGUUAAAUAGUGAAUACGUACUCUCUCGACUGUGCUCCAACGUUAGCAUUGUAAGGUAAAGAGUGGUCGAUUUGAUAGUAUCAGUAUCUGCAAUUCAUUUCUACCUGUAAACGUAAGUUUCAUCUCAUAUGUAAAAACUCAACUAUGUUCUCCAUUAAUCAGGAUAUUCUAUAGUUCGAAUGAAAAGGAGCAUUGCAUUGGAUAAAUAAGAGGGUGUCAAUGGGGUGAUGGCUUUUACGGCUAACGCUUAAUAUUUUGGCUUUUUAAUUUACGGCUAACGGUUAAUUUAGUUUCUUUACGGUUAACAGAAAUCUUAGAAAUUAAUUAACGUUUUUACAAAAGUUACAAACUAAUUUUCUUUGUUUAGAAAAGUUAAAAUUUAUUGAAUUACUGUAAAAAAAGAAUAUUUAAGGAACCAUUCCGGGAUGGAAAAGGUGUUAUGAUAAGAGUCGUUGCCAAAUAUUAAGUCCCCCGGCCUUUUCCCGUAGUACCAAACAACAACACAAGACAAAAAUGUCUUGACAAGGGAUCUUGAGACUUUCCCUUUCGUAGCUAACGUUUUUUACGGUUAACAUUUUUUUACGACUAACAUUAAAAUUUUCCAAUUUUCACGCCUGGCCGGCUAAAUUCUUGUCCCGUUUUAAGGCAAACGAUGAACCCCAUUGAGACCCUCAUAAAUAUACAUUAGUUUAUAAUCUAGUGGCAGUUUUGUGGAUGUUAUUAUAUUCUGUCGCCCUUAAGUCGUCAGGAAUCUUGUUAUUA